AUGAAUCUUGUAUAUGAAGAUAAUAUUCUACCCGAAGACCAAUAUGAAGAUUUUCCUACCGAGACGUCUUUUUCUGAAAUUCAUGAUACUAUUCAGACAAUUCCAAACGAUCCAGCCCUCGAUCCAAUCCUCCCUUCGGAAUCAGCUUCACAGACUAUUCCACCGGAGCCUGAGACAUCGUCACUUCUAAUUACACACGAUCGUCUUAUUCGAUACAAAGAAUGCAAUUGGGAAACAUCCGACUCAAUCCGAUCAGGCUCAACUGGGAAUAUGGAGCGUUAUCUUCAGAAAGUAUAUGCUAUCUCAGCACCGUCUUCUUCCUCAUCUGAGUCGACCGAGCAACAGCCUUCUAUCAUCGAGUCAUUGAGCAAAAAGCCUAAGCUGUCGGUAGCAGCUCAGCUUCAGCAGAAUAUCCUAUGA